CAGGUACUGCAAACCAUGCUGCAAUCCAGGGCACUGGUGAUAGCUCUGAUUCUGCUCCUUGGCACCACUCUCCCUGAAGUGCACUCAAAGUCUGUGUUUGAGAGAGAUCGUCGCGACUGGCUGGUCAUCCCUGACGCAAUUGCAGCUUACAUCUAUGAAACUGUGAACAAGAUGUCCCCUAGAGUUGGGCAGUUCUUGGUGGAUGCUGCUCAGACUCCAGUAAUUGCUGGGACCAGGAACUUCCUCAUCAGAGAAACAACUAAACUCAGUAUACUGGCUGAACAGCUGAUGGAAAAAAUAAAGAACCUGUGGUACACAAGAGUCUUAGGCUACUAGCUGGAUGAAGUCACACAAGUCAGUAUUUCCUGA